GAUUGCUUCAAGGACGAGCCAGUCCCUACUACCCGGGAAUGCCAUCUUAUCCAGGCUGUAAACCUGGGUCUGUCCUUGUUCCUGGGCAGAGUGGGUAUGGGCUUUACCCACAAGCAGGCAUUAAUGGUGGUAGUGUUACCCAACGUACAUGUGAUCCAAUCUUCAUUGCACCCCCUCCAAAGACACAUCGACUGCUUCACUCUGAAGCUUAUAUCAAAUACAUUGAAAAUUUGGAUAAACCUUUUCUAAGCAACUGGGAGAGACAUCUGAUGGCAACUCAAGAGAAUACUGUUAUUAAUGAUUCAGGACGUCUUCCUGCUAACUGGCUGGCGAAUGGUCCAGGAUCCCAUGGCAUGGUUGUUACUGCCUUGUGGGCCCUCAGAGAGUACAUGAUGAAGGACUCCUUAGGUAUUGCGAAGAUUUUGUGACCCGAUACAAGACAUGGAGAUAUGAGAAAGGAGGAGUUUACAAAAUUAAUAUGUGAAAGUAUUGGUACUCAAGCCACCACAUCUUCAGUGGGUGUUCUUCCCAAAGGAUUUUCGUUCACAGUAUCAACUUCAGUAAAUGAACUUGGCUGAAUGUUUUUUCAGUAAUUUUUUAAGUAGCUGUGUAGAUGCUGUCAGUAUCGACUGUAAUUGACUUGGCUGAAUUUUCAGUCUGGCACAUUUUAAGUGGUUGUAAAGAUGCCAUAACAUUGCUAUCAUAUAAGUAAAUGUCAUAAUUGUCUUUUUAUUGUAUGUCAUUUAUUUAUUGGUGCCUAAUGCCAAGUUUGUAUACAGGCAGGUAAAAAUUAUUGUUUUUUUUUUUUUUUUUUUUUUUUACAUUGUACUCUACCCCAAUAUGUAUUUGACUUUAUAUAAGAGUUAUAUUUUUCAUUUGUAUUUUAUGUUUCAUAACAGCAUGCAGCGCUAAUUAUGCACUGUGAUAGUCAGGCCACCUUUUUUUACUUCGGAUGAAAUGUAUAAUUAUUUUUACAUCGGAUGAAAGUAGAGAAAUUCAUUAUUACCUACUUUCUUUACUUCAGUACUAUAAUACAGACUAUUGAUAACAGAAGAUUAAACUUUCAAUACCAUUCUCUUCAGGGAUAGGACUGCAUUGAAAUGAGAUACUUUAUUUGUAAUUUUAUUAUGUUAUUUAGAUCCAGUAAUAUAUUUUGGAUUUGAUCUUUUUAGAUUUUCCUUUUUUAAUUUAAAAAUAAUAAAUAGAUAAUUCAUGUGCUUAUACUAUUUUAUUAAAGAUAUUCAUGUGAUACUCACUUGGAAUAUGGUCCUUAUGAUAAGGGUUAAAUCUAGAUUAAGAGAACAUUUAUGUGCUGAUCUAUUGAGGACAGUUGGUCAAUAUAGAAAUAUACUCAAUAGGAAAUUGGCUAUCACCUUUGGCCAACUUUUUUCUCAUUUGAAUAUUGUACUGUUAUUUCCUUUUUAUUAUUGUUUUUUCUUCUCCAUCAAUUCUUUGUCUUAGUACUCCUCCAUUACAUAAUUUGUAUUACCAUCAAUGGUAUAUUUCCCUAUCCAUAUUUUGUUUCAUAUUAUGAAUGUAUAUAUUUUGAUUUUUUCCCCAGACAGUCUUAUUAAUAGAGGUGCAAAAUAUGCUUUAGAAAAUAUCUAGAAAGUGGGUUGGAAAAAAAUAACGAGUACAAAAUUUUGUAAAUUAUUGCAAGUGCUUUCCGAGCCCAGAUUGUGUAACAUACUGUAAACAUCAAAUAUGCAAUAGAAUAAGGAUUUUAAGGCUAUAAGAUCUAUAGGUAGAAUGUAGGUUUACCAAGUUAACUGUAAUUGUAAUACUCCCACAUUUGGCAUUGCUUUUAACCCAUUCGCGCUGGUAUAUUUUGAAGCCAAAAAUAAAAUAUUCCGUGCGGCUACAAAAUCGGCGGGCGGAGCUUCCCCGGAGUCUGUCCGCCCACUGGCCACGGCCCGCUGCUGCGUCGGAGCGCGAGCCCUGAUAUAGCGUCACACUGGCGGGACGCCUGGCAAUGUUUAUUUUUUCAGGUGUCUCAUAUAUGGGACACCCGUCACUAAUGGGUUAAGGAAGUAGUUUUAGAAGAUAUAUAUAGAGCAUUAUCAGUAAUAUAGUUCUAUAUUUAUGAGAUGUGAAAUGGGUUUUGCACUUGUUCAAUGCAUAAAAGCUGGGACCUCAAUUUUUAGCUCUCCCUGACACGACAGAAUUUAUAUUUCUUUUUUAAAAAUCUCAAUGCAAAAAUGCACAAUAAAACUAUACAUUAUUUACA